ACGUCACGAUGUACACGUCGCCGCUUGGCGAGUGAAGAUGGCGCCGGUUGUCCGCUCGGUCGGCUCAGUAACGGCGCGGAGCGGAGCCGCUCGAUCCCAGGGCUGCACCAGGCACUGAACGACUGACGGCCCUGCUACCCCCUGGAGAACACGUUUUGAGCUGCGCGCGCCUUGAUGCAGAGCCUGGCCAUGCAGCCACCACCCUCGAGAUCAUCGCCAGGAGUCGCCAAUGCUGCAGGAGCCCCACCAAGCGGGGGCACCCCUAAUGUCUUCCGCCGCAACGCCCCUUUCAGACGGCCCAACACGCCGCUUUCCGGAGCCCCGCUACCACCGGUCACCGACCCUUUUGGACUGAGUCGGCCCAAUCACCCUGGUGACUUGGCAGCACCGCACGGCGCCAACAGUGGCGGCCCGCUGCUCCCUCCACCUUUGUUGAGUCAGCAAGACGGGAGCCACGCUCCACCUCGGUGGCCCGCAGACACUUUGCACAACCCACAGGGGUCAUUUCCCGGGCAGCCCACCGCACCGGGUGAGCGGUCAGAACCAUGUGGUGCACCGGCAGCGCCUCUUGCCCCGAUGCCACGCUUUGGUGAUGGCCAGUUCUUCCCCGCGUCCCCUCCUGACGCCGGGCAGGGCCUACCCCCCGAGCCCUCGUACUUUCACACGGGGCUAGGGCCAGAAGGCGGCGAGUUUGGGCCACGUCACGGCGCCGCCCCUUCCCAAGCAAGGAACUCCCACGGGCAAGAACCGCUUCCUUUUCCUCCUGGCGCACCGGCUUUCCCACCACAGCUCCAGCCAAGCACCUCCUCCCAGUGGGUGGCGAGUCACGGCAGUCGGCCUCCCUCCGUCCAAAACUACUUUCAACCCAGUGACCCCCAGACUCAGGGCUUCGGCAGUUACUACUCUCCAGCCCAGCUGCCACCUUUUCCAGCUCACCAAAACCCGGCUCCUGGCAGCUUCUGCCAGCAGCAGCAUCCACCGCCAGAGUCUUUUGCCCAGUUUACUGGAGGAGAGCGCAAGGACAGUGGUCGGCCACCUCCCUUCCACCCAUCCCAGCACCAACAAAAUUUCUCAGGCGCUGGCUUGGCCCACCCAGAGGACUGGGCACACAGUUUCCCACGAGAACCAUGUCCUCAACAAUCUACCAGACCCGACAGUCUCCCCCCACAGUCAGGCCACCCUCAAGACUCUGACCCAGGUACUGUUUCUAUGUUUUUCAAAGGGGGCGAGGCAGAGAAUAAAGAAACCCUGGCAAGAAACUUUCAGUGUGGAGCUGAUGUUGCGACAGGAGAUGCCUUUCAGCCAAGUCAAGGUCUGUUCUUCAGUGGAUUGCCCCCUCCUGAGUCAGGGCAGCAGGCAGUGGGUCGGGCCUCUGGUGUUGAAGCCCAGGGCUUCCUUCCCCCACCACCUGCCCCGUACGGUGUUUACAUCCAGGGUUCUGGAGGCCCUGCUGAGAUCAAGGAUCCCACUAUGCCUCAGCGUGGCGGGGAUGGGCUGACACUGGAAAAUGACGAGAAUUCUGAAUUUGCACCGAACCAAGAAGUGUUGCCCAGUGAACCUGAAAGGAUCUCUCUGGGAUUCCAGCCCAUGCCUGGCUUGGCAAACCAGGGACAGCAUGUCACCAAAAAUAUUGGAACAGCAGGCGGACCACCUGUGAAUCAGGAGACCCCGGACGUGACACCUCACCCUCUGCGAUCGGACAGCAUCUCCUCGAACCACAGCAGCACCAGUCACAGCAGCGGCUCAAGUCUGCGACGCUCCCAACUUCCGCCGAACACUUUCAUCCAGCAGGAGAGCGGGAAGCCACCGACCGAUGCUGUCUCCUGCUUCUUUGAGCAGAUAGACACUUCCCCGCUCGGUCAGGACCCCUCCUAUCCAGGCAGGGAGGUGGAGAGCGCUGGGCGGACUAUGUAUUACAGCCAGUUGCCGCAUCCCACCAAUCCCACAUCUCCAAAGCCGAUGGCCACCUUCCAAGCCAGCGCCAACAGCUCGUUUGAGCCCGUGAGGUCACACGGGCAGUUCGCAGUCAAGGGUGUGGAAGUGGAUCAAGCAAGCAUGGUGAUGGAGCUGGGCCAGGCCGCAGUCAGCACUGUGGGGCAGCAGCAAGCUGCAUCAGAUAUCUCCCCAGGCAACCUAGAACAACCACCCGACAACUUGGAAAACAUCACAAUCCCGCACACUCGCUCAAACCUGUAUGCAGGCCCAGCGGCUCCUGAAAGUAUGUUGCCACCCAUGCCAGAGAUGUCAGAGAAGAGAACACCUUUGAGAAUGCACGGCGCCCGUGCAAAAGCGGAGAGCCCAGCUGCCACCCUGUGGGCACAGAACGAGCUGCCGAACUUCACUGCCGGGAUUGUGCUGGCGCUAGCUGCUCCAGCUGUGCCCACAGCAGCCAAGGAACCCUGUGCUGAGGUUGGCCCACCUCCGCAAGAUGGCAGCAAGGAAGCGAGCUACCCAGUGCUCGUGGGCAACAUGGAGAAUCCUCCCCAAGCACCUAAAGGUGUAGCCCUCAAAGGCCAGGCAAGUUCCAGCUACGCCACACUGCUGAUGCCAUCUCUGGCUGCGCCAAACCCACCUGUGCUACUCGCUCGGCCUCUGCAGACCAGUUCCUCUGCUCCAAAGUCCAGCCCCGACCAGCCUCUGCGAGAUCGAGGCGAUGGCCAAAGCGUUUCCUUUGCGAGCCCUGCACCGCCAGCUGCUGGCCUUGCCACUGCGCUCGGAUCGCCACCUGCCCAGACACCACUCAAUCUGGCUGCAGACGGUCACCUCGACCUGAGGUUUGCAGGUGGAGGACCACCAACAAGGGACACGAGCACCCCUGCUGCCAGCCCCCCCUCUAACCGAGUACCUGGCGCAACCAUAAUUGCCCCGACCUCCGCUCUUCAGCCACGCAGUGACAUCAGUAAAGACGAUGUAAGAAAUCCAGGUUUUCAUCAGCCUGAGUCAUCUGCCAACUGUGAGCUGCUUGAUUUCACCUUGCGUCGCUCUCCACCGAAUCAGUCCAUCGCCAAUGCUAAUCAACCUGCUUCCCUGCCACUUAAUAAUACCACACAGCACCUUCCUCCUUGCCAGACGUACGUGGCAGGGCUCAGCAUUAAUGACAAACCAGGUUUCUAUCUGCAGGUCACCAAAGAUGUCCAACAGCAGCAGCAGCCGAUGGCCACAAUGACGGGGCAACAGGCAGUACCCCCGCCCCUCCCACCCACGGCUCAUGACUCUGACCAGCAUCAGCCCGGCUCGGUGCUGGCCAGCAGUCAUGGCGCACCUGUGGGCUAUGGGUACCCAGAGUUGGUUUCUGCCCAGCCUGCCACACAGCAGCAAUCAGUGGCUCAGGUUCCUGUAACAACAGCAGCAGCAGCCUCCCAGCUGCCCUCGCAUCAGGAGGUGCCACUGCAGCAGCCGUAUCCUCAGGGGCUGCCGCAGGUGGGCUACAGCUAUCCAUAUCCGUACCUGUAUCAGGAUUACGGCACGGAUCCUCAGCAGGCAUAUGCAGUGCCUUACCCAUCCUACCCACCUGUGGAUCCCAGAGUUGGUCAACAGUUGCCUUAUCCACCAGUGAGUUCCAGAGGCAACCAUCCAUAUUAUCAGGGUGAUCCAUACCGGCGUUACAACGCCCAGUAUGCCAGGUACGAUGCUAAUAAUGCAGGUUCCAAGGAUCAAGAGAGGGAAAGGACCAGUCGACCCAGCUCCAGAACAAGUCAAUCUUCUGACAGACCAUCCUCUAGGCAAGGAUACACUGAAGACCCCUACAGUGGAAGAAGUGGACGAGAGGCUUAUGCUGGUUACUAUGCAGAUUAUUAUAAUGGUCAAUAUCAGUAUAGAGACCCAGCUCAGUGGGAGAGGUAUGACCUGGCUGCCUACGAUCCCAGAUACAGAGACUAUAGAGAUUAUGAUCGUCCAUACUGGUAUUAUGGAUCUUAUCAAGCACGGGAACCUUACUACCGGGAGCCCUAUGGAGACAGGCGGAAUGGCUAUGAAGAGCUCUGGCAGUAUGACCCUCGAUAUGACAGUAGUUUUGAUGAAAGCAGUCGACGAGACCCAUACCCCGACGAAUUUGAUCGGCGCAGUACGCACAGCGAACAUUCUGCUCACAGUGCGCUGAGCUCCCACAGUGUGAGGAGUCGGCGCAGCAGCUUCAGCUCCCAGUCCCAGCAGAGCCAGGUUUACAGGAGUCAACAGGAUUUGGCUGUCCCUUUUGAACAACCGAGUCAGCCAACCAUCGCUGCCGAUUACACAUAUGGGCAAUACUCAGAAAACACUGUCCAACCUAACUAUUCUGAUUAUCAAUAUGGAUACCCAGCAGAAACAGGCUGGCAGCCUGUGGAGACGGCUCCUCCAAGACCUGUGACCCCAGAGAAAUUUACAGUUCCUCAUCUUUGUGUCCGGUUUAGCCCUGGAGGGCAGUUGCUGAAAGUGUUGAGCAACCUGCCUUCAGAAGGCCAGCCAGCUCUGGUUGAAAUACACAGCCUGGAGACCAUGUUGCAGCACAUGCCUGAACAGGAGGAGUUGAGGAGCUUCCCAGGGCCAUUAGCAAAGGAAGAGACUCAUAAAGUUGAUGUCAUCACCUUUUCCCAAAACAAGGCGACAGAGUGCUUAAGAAAUGAAGAGCUACUGGACAAGGAGUCGGCCAACUUGUUAUGGGACCUGAUUGUCCUGCUAUGUAGGCAAAAUGGGACAGUGAUUGGUACAGACAUUGCUGAGCUCCUGCUGCGGGAACAUCGAUCCGUCUGGCUUCCUGGCAAAUCGCCAAAUGAAGCCAAUCUGAUUGACUUCAACAACGACCUGGUUCCGCGUGCAGAGGAUGAGUCCUGCGCCUCUCUCCUUACUGACAGCUUCCUUGACAACAUUGUGACAGAGUGUACCAGCAAGGACACCGAGCGUUUCCGGGAAUUGCUCCUCUUUGGCCGCAAGAAGGAUGCCCUGGAAUCUGCAAUGAAGCAUGGUCUGUGGGGUCACGCUCUCUUACUGGCCAGCAAAAUGGACAAUCGGACGCAUGCAAAGGUCAUGACCAGGUUUGCCAAUAGCCUACCCAUCAAUGAUCCUCUGCAGACAGUGUACCAGUUGAUGUCAGGCCGCAUGCCAGCUGCAGCAACGUGUUGUGGAGAAGAGAAGUGGGGAGACUGGCGGCCCCACCUUGCCAUGGUGCUGUCCAACCUUUCCAACGGACCAGACUUGGACAGAAGAACCAUCACCACCAUGGGAGAUACGCUUGCUGUCAAGGGAUUAUUAGAUGCUUCUCAUUUCUGUUACCUGAUGGCACAGGUUGGAUUUGGAGUAUACACUAGAAAAUCUACAAAACUCGUUCUGAUUGGUUCAAAUCACAGUUGGUCAUUUCUGAAAUUUGCUUCAAAUGAAGCCAUCCAGCGCACAGAGGCAUACGAGUACGCACAGGCAUUGGGCAGCCAAACAUGCUUUCUUCCCAACUUUCAGGUGUUUAAAUUCAUUUACGCAUGUCGACUGGCUGAGAUGGGCUUGGCGGCACAAGCUUUUCACUAUUGUGAAGUCAUUUCAAGAACCAUCCUCAGGAAUCCAGCCUAUUAUUCACACGUCUUAUUGGGACAGCUCAUUCAGAUUUCCUCUCAGCUGCGAUUCUCUGACCCUCAGUCGAAGGAAAGAUCUGAACAGGAGUUGCAAAUGGAGCCAGAUUGGAUUCAACAGCUCAGACAAAUUGAAAUCCAGAUAAAGGAUGGUGGCUUUGUAUGUGGGUCAGGCAGAGCCACUCCACAGCCAUUCUGCUCCAGCACCCCUAGUUCAGAGUAUGACCAGGUGCACCACGCUGAAGAGCUUCCCACUGGCUCCCAGGAGGAGGUCACAAGAAUGGAGAACCCACUGAUGACAUCUUUUGUACCAGAUGCAGGAUCGACAGAAGUGCCUGGAGUUCAGCUCAUGCCAGCAGCUCCUCACGCGGUACUGGAUGGGAGGUUGAUGGCAGCCCCACCCUCACAGUCUGUAACUGAUGGCCCCGUUCCGCUGUAUUCGCCCACUCAUAGUUCACCUGGCUUUCCAGGACAAUCGCCCAACUCUGCUUUCAGGCAACCUUGCGAUCUGUUGAAAGGCCCCUUCUCUCCAGGAUUGUCCGGGCCUCCGCCUGGACCCUCGGUAGAGCCUCUGCCCACUGUGCAAGAACAGGUUCACGUCAAUGCAGGAUCUCCAGACAUGAAUUCCAUCAAUCACCAAAUAUCGCCAAAAAGACACAGCUUUGGGGAAGCCGGGCAGCAGGAUUUCUAUGAUCAAAUGGCCAAAAUGCAGGCCCCGGGAAGAAGAUCAAGGUCAGCGUCUCAGUCAUCUUUGCACAUGCCAUACGGGAGACGCUCGAGAAAUACCUCCGAGUCAUCCAAUCACAGCAUGGGCCGGGAGAGGCAUCGAUCGGCGGCGAACCAGCCGACACUUCCACCCCAGCCAGAGGUUGUUGCCAGCAACAGUCAGGAGGGCAAGAAGGAACCGAAACGGGAGCAACCAGUGGGCAAAAAAGGAAAGGGUGGGUGGCUAAGCUGGUUACGGUCCAGCAAGAAGAAUGAAGCCCAUUUACCAGAUGACAAAAAUAAAUCGAUUGUGUGGGAUGAGAAGAGGCAGCGAUGGGUGAACAUGAAUGAACCAGAGGAAGAGAGCAAACCUCUCCCACCGCCGCCAAGCCUACCCAUGGCUGGCCUUCCCUCGGGUUCAAAUCCAAUGUCCUUCGGUGGCCAUCCAUCUGUCAACAGAUUCUCCAGGAAAGCAGGUACAAAAGCUCGUUAUGUGGAUGUACUCAAUCCCAGUGGACCCCGAGCAAAUGGGGGUCUCCCACCUCCGGUAGACCUCUUUGCCCCCCUCGCACCAAUGCCUAUCCCCACCAACUUCUUCGUGCCGGUACCAGGAGAGGGGACUCUGCCUCCUGAAGGAGGUCCAGCAGAGAUUCCACAGUCCAUGGAGCAGAUGAACUCUGAGGCUAAUUUACAGGCCCAGGUCCCUCCUCCUGCACAAGGAGGCUCUGCACAAGGAACUGUUCAAUUUUACAACCCUGCUCAGUUUGCCCAACCCACAGCCAGCACUACAGCUUCUCGAUCAGGACGGUUCGGGCAAAGAAAAUAUCCAACGUUAAAAUAAAGAAAUCUAAAACGAACCCUGGAAUAAAUAAUAUUGUAAACCCUUAAUAGGGAUGGGUGCAGGUGAUGUGUUCUGGGCAAAUACAGUUGAUUAAACCAGACCGAUGUACGUUUAAAAACAUUAGAUUGUAAGGGCUCCAAGACAGGACAAUUUUUGAGCUGCAAACCUCGUUGAGAGGUGCCUAAGGAUUGAAUAUGACCCUGUAUAAAAUACAAUGUUUUUUCUAGACAUUGGGAGGUGCUGUAUGUGGAGGGCUUGCAGUCACAUUGCAUUGCGAUUUAAAAAGAAACGCGUCCCCUUUGAAUGUGACUGUAAAUGUGAGAAUGUCUACCGUGAAGUCUAAAUGGCGUAAGCAGAUAAUGGCACACCCAGAAGAGCCCGGCUCAAAAUUUUAGGUUGGCGGUAGCAUUUGUUUCAAAACAGCAAAAAUGUACUUGAAGUUUUUCUUUGGAGG